UCCACUCUUUUCCCCUUCCGGCUAUUCUCUUGCCUCGGCGCACGUUAGCUGCAAACUCUAUCCGGUUGCGAGAAAAUAACCAAGGACAAAUUCAGGAACGAGAGGUUGAUUUCGUUGUUUUUAUGAGCUUUUGCGGUAAGGUCAUCGGCGAUUGACUUGAUCGCUCGUUUUUCAUCUACAACAUUUUCCGCCACCAUCUGAUAUGCCGGAUACAGCCAUGGAAUCUGCUGAAGGUUGUGUUUCUCCUCGUCUUGGGCUGUGAAAUAUGUAUUUCUUGAUCUCAAAUUGGGGUAUCUGGUGCUAUCGACUUGCGGUUGAUGGAAGGGAUUGAUAUCGGCGGAGUUUUGUGCUUCUGUAUUUGGGGGAUCGAGUUGGUUUCUGCUAGCGCCAGGGGUUGGAGCCUUGGGGUGCGAACUUGGAACCCUAAUGGGGAAAAUGGGAAUCCUCCAGUAUUGAACUUUUUGGGAUGUAAAUCCGUGCUUUAGUUGUUUGGAGGAGCGGAGUCAUUCUGUUUUGAACGUGGGAGUUCUGAGAGUGAGAUUGGUUGCCUGGGUUGUGAAUGAUGGAUUGCAAAGAGCUCAAUUGCAACAAAGAUUGUGCGGUUGGGGGAAGUAGCAGGAGUGGAGGAGCUGGAUUUGUAGAUAGGAGCAAACUGAGGAUUCUGCUGUGCGACAGCGAUUCCAAGAGUUCACAAGAGGUUUUUACACUUCUUUUGCGAUGUUCAUAUCAGGUAAUUUCAGUGAGAUCAGCUAGACAGGUGAUCAACGCUUUGAAUGCUGAGGGGCCAUAUAUAGAUAUCAUUCUAACUGAAGUAGAUUUACCUAUGGCCAAAGGCAUGAAAAUGCUCAAGUAUGUCACGCGGGAUAAAGAGCUACGGCGGAUUCCUGUGAUCAUGAUGUCAGCGCAAGAUGAGGUAUCUGUUGUUGUCAAGUGCUUGAGGCUCGGAGCGGCAGAUUAUCUCGUGAAGCCUUUACGAACAAAUGAACUACUGAACUUGUGGACUCACAUAUGGAGGAGACGGCGUAUGCUUGGAUUGGUGGAGAAGCAAAUUUUGAAUUUCGACUUUGAUUUGGCGACCUCAGACCUUAGUGACCGCAAUACAAAUAGUACUACUUUUCUCUCAGAUGACACUGAUGAUAAUACAAAUAGGAGCGCCAAUCCAGACUUGGAUAUGCCCCAUCAGAAAGAUGUGUCUGCUGUUGCUGCUGCCGCCACCGCCAUGGAGCCUUCUGCUGCUGAUUCACUGCAAAUUCAGUCUAAUGUGCAAUCUAUCAGUGGAAACCAAGAUGGUCCUAGAAAGUGUGAACUGAAAAUCGGCGAGUCCUCCGCCUUCUUUACAUAUUGCAAAUCUAACGCGCUAAAAGGCAACUUUCUAGCACCUGCUCAACAAUUGAGAAGGGAAGAGAACUAUGUAUCAACCGAAGAUGAUCGACAAGUAUCUGUUGACCGUUGUGAAACUGGAAAUGCCUGUACAAGUCAUUCGCAAGGAGAUGACUUUCAAAGUAGUACUAGUGUUCCCGAUUCUCGGUCUGUGGAGAUGUCUAGCAAUCCUCAUUCAUUCCAAUUUCCUCAACAAAUGAGUCAUGGUGAAGAAAAGCUAUCUCAGGUGCUUGAGCAUCCAAGAGACGAGUCUCGACCCGAUGUUGCUGCAUUACAGGCUCAAACUAAUUAUCCCUUUUAUCUGCCUGGAGUCAUGAAUCAAGCUCUAAUUCCGCAGUCAGCAGAAUUGUACCAUAAUAAUCCGCAUCAUGUGCAAACUCAUGUGACUGCAGCAACGAUGCCACAGUACAAUCAUCUUCAUCAUUUUGCUCUUGCAUCUGGGAUGGCAGGGAUUCCCCAGUUUCCAUAUUAUCCUCAUAAUAUGUGUUUACAACCUGGUCCAAUGCCUAGUUCCCAUCCAUGGCCAUCAUUUGGAAGUUCAUCCUCCACUGAAGUAAAACUGAGUAAAGUUGAUAGAAGAGAGGCAGCUUUGAUGAAAUUUAGACAAAAGAGGCAAGAGCGAUGUUUCAACAAGAAAAUUAGAUACAUAAACCGUAAACAACUAGCUGAGAAGAGGCCUCGUGUGCGAGGACAAUUUGUGAGGAAGGUAAACGGUGUAAAUGUGGAUCUCAAUGGGCAACCUUCUUCUAUGGGUGAUGAUGUCGAUGAUGAAACGAUCUAAGAGAUAUAUUUCUAGAGUUGAUAUAUUUCUAGAGUAGAACAACGGUAAAGCCAAAGCCAAGAUCAUCGGAAUACAAUUUAGCAUUUUUAUGUUAAAUUUACAUAUAUCUUAAAAAAAAAAAGAAGAAAAAACGUAUAUCCAGCGUAUCCGUGUCUGUGCUUCUUAACGGGAGACUUGCAUCAAGAUUACAAACUGCUAAUUGUUCUAAAUAUCAUUCAGUUAUUUGUGUUUCCAAUCAACUUGUUCAUACUUCUAUGAA